CACUUCACCUGCCUGGUACAUUCUUGCCAAUCCCAUCUGCCUCUCAUACAUACAAGUACCCCCUCCGUUCCGCCCACCCGCCUCGCCCGUCCCGAGAUGGCCUCCUCAUCAAGCGAUAUUCCAGAGUCCUCGUACGUCAAGAUGGACACAGCCGACGACGCCACACUGAUCGGCACGCACUGCCAGUACACGUACUGCAACCAGCUCGACUUCCUGCCCUUCUUCUGCCAGUCCUGCAAGGGCACCUUCUGCCUCGACCACCGGACCGAGACGGCACACGUAUGCGCCGAGGCGGGCGCCUGGGCGCGGCGGCGGCGGGAGGCCGAGCUCGCCAAGCCCAGCGCGGGCGAGGGGAAGCGCAUGCGCGACCUGGUCCAGCAGAAGCCCUGCGCCGGCGCCGGCUGCAAGACGACGGUCGGCACGAGCCUGGUGCCGGGCGUGCACUGCGACCGCUGCAACCGCGACUACUGCCUCAAGCACCGGCUGGGCGAGGAGCACGACUGCAAGAACCUGACGCCGAUCGGGGCGCGGCCGGGGGCGGCGCAGGCGAACAACUUCGGCCGCGAGGCGCGGUCCGCGCUGUCCAAGCUCAAGGCCUGGGGCGCGUCGAGGAAGGAGGCCGCCAGCCGGGCGCUGCCCAAGCCCAAGCCGACGACGGCGAGCCAGCGCGUCGUCGCCGUGAACCAGCUCAAGAAGACGGCCAAGGGCGACGCCAAGCUCGCGCCGGAGAAGAGGGUCUACUUGUUCGUCGAGGCCGAGGCCGAGACCACCACGGCCAAGUUCCCCAAGGGCCAGCUCUUCUUCAGCAAGGACUGGGUUGUGGGACGAUUGCUCGACUCUGCAGCCAGGGACCUACAGGUGGAGAACGUGAACAACUCGAGUGCCAACGAGAAGGACAAGCUCAGGGUCUUUCAUGUUGAGGGAGGGAGGGUCCUGGAGUUCAACGAGAAGGUCGGGGCCGCACUGUCGAGCGGCAAUACGGUCGUGCUGCUGAGAGGUGUUGGGCCGGCACAGGAAGACCUCAUCACCAUGUGACGAUGGAAACGCGUAUGGGGUUGGUUACGAGUUCCGAACAGACGAUUGUUGCAUUUUCAGGCGUUUAGGGGCAUAGAGCAUGUGAAUCACUGCAGUACUGACCAGAUGGUUCAGAGGGGGGGUUUUUAGCAUUUGCAUAUUUUCAUAUUAUGG